UUUUUGAAAUGACCCCCCCCCCCAUAAAUUUUUUUCUGUUUUCCGACGAGUUGGUAACGUAAUUUUCUACUCCUGCAGGCCUCUGUUAAUUACGUACAUCGUGAGUGUGUAUGCUAUGUGCAUGUAGCAAUCUAGUAGCAUACAUGAAAUAACAUGUACAUCAAUACAAUUUAUUUUAAAAUAAAAAAAAUGUGCCAACGAUAAAAGAAAUACAUAAAUAUUAAGAAAAUAGCCAUGUAGCCUAAAUGGUAAGCGUGAAUGACCUUCAAGAGUUACAGUAAGUGAUUUAGUGCAUGAAAAUUAUUGUGAAUGAAUGUGCAUAUUCAUUUAUGCAGUGUGCAUGAAACAUAGCACUUAAAAUCUUAAUUCACGAAGGAUGGAUCUGUAUAAUGCCAUACUUGCCAGAUUUUUCCAUCCACAAGUCCCCAAUAAUUUGACAAGGCAUCACCUUUAUCAUGGACUUUUGAGCAUAGCAUGCUAUUCUAUGGCCGUGAGAGCCAUGCCUGGUUAUCUACCUACACAACAGAUGUCCAUAUUCUAAGUGAUGAAGUUUAGUAUGUAUUUAGUCAUCAUACAAAUUUCAGGAACUGACCUUGCAGAUCUACAUAUCACACCACAGUAUCUGCAUGCAAGUUUGCACAGGAGUGAACAAAACGAGUCAAUUCUAUUGAAAUUAGAGCGAUUGUACAGUUAUGUGUGUGAGAUAUGACAAGCUUGGGCUAGCCUGUAGAUAUCAGGCAGUAAAAACGAAAUUCUGAUUUGCAUUUAGCAUCGGAAAUCUAACAGUAUUUUACUUUCAAUAGGAAAAAUAUAAAUUUUUGUUAGUGUUAAUAUGGAAAAGUAAUGCAAAUUUAGCAUCUUCAAUAUUGGUCAUAGACGACAAGGAUUAUAUGUUUGUGUUACAGAAAGUAGCCAUAUUAGUUUACUUGUUUUCUCAUUGUUGGAAGCUUCCCUUUCUAUGAAAUCCUGUACUGCAAAUAAUGAUAAUGAUGUUAAUCUUUGUAAUUUCUGCAUCCAAGGAGGAAAAUAAACAUUUCUUUCGGUAAGUGGUAAUUUAGUCUAUUAUUUAUUUGAAGCAAUUUUUUGUUUUUAGAACACCUUGUAGUCCAUUGAUUUCCAUCCUUUUAGUCAUCAAACAUGCCAGCAAUUGUGAAAGUUAAAGUGAUCGAAGCAAAGGAACUACCAAUAAUGGACAGGGCAAGUGAUUUAACUGAUGCCUUUGUUGAGAUACGUCUUGGCAGUUUAACAUAUAAAACUGAUGUUUACAGGAAAUCAUUAAAUCCGCUAUGGGAUUCUGAAUGGUUUAAGUUUGAAGUGGAUGAUGAAGAGAUACAAGAAGAAUAUUUACAACUAAAAGUUUUAGACUAUGAUGUUUAUUCUUCACAUGAUGCCAUAGGAAAGGUAAACAUUAAUUUGGACCUUCUUACUACUAAAGAUGGUACUAAUGAAUUGGGUGGAUUCUUCCCAAUCUAUGACACUCUUCACGGAAUUCGUGGUUACAUCAAGAUCAAAGUUAGAGUGCAAUUCUUUUCUGACACUAACAAAUAUCGUCAAACAUCAUGUGGUAUCCAGUUUUUUUCCUCAUCUGGUGUACCAUCUGGUUAUACAACUUCGUGUAUUCAUGGUCUUGUAGAUGAGCUCUUAGUUGAUGAUGAUCCUGAGUACCAGUGGAUUGAUAAAAUACGUACACCAAGAGCAUCCAAUGAGGCAAGACAAAGAUUGUUUACAAAACUUGCAGGUGAAGUGAAAAGAAAAAUUGGGUUGCAAGUGCUGGAGUUAGGUGGCAAUGCUGUUAUAGGGUAUCAACAGAACUUUGAUCUUGAAGGAGAAACUGGUAUUGUUAUUCGAGCAAUUGGAACUUCUGUAACGAUAGUACAAGAGAAUGACUUAAACCCUCUUCACCCACCAGUAGCAAUGCAACCAUCUCCAGACAUACAUCAUGAGCAUGGCAGGCAAUUUUUUGAUGUUCAAAUCAUUCCAAACAUUGUUGGACGUAGCAGGCAUGGAACUUCUCUAUCAGUAGAUCUUGAUCAAAAAGAUAAACUGCUUGGUGAAAGUCCAGAUUCUAACAAAGCUAAUUUUCAAAGAUUGAAAACUGUUGUUGAUGAACAGGAAUAUCCCUUCUUCACAUUCACAACCCCUCCGCCUGACUUUGUACUUCAUCUUGGUGGUAUCGUUUCAUCAAGAUCAGUAAAAUUACUUGAUAAGAUUAAUAACCCAGAUGAGCCAGAAACAAGAGACAGUUGGUGGAAAGAAAUUCGAAAUGAAAUAAAAUCUCAUGCAAAGGCCAUGGGUUGCCAUGCAGUUUUAGGAUACAAAGAAUAUACUACUAUAUGUGACGAUUUGAUAGUUUUAUCUGCAUGUGGUACGGCGGCAGUGUUACAGAUGGAAUCCAACAUGGAAGACCAAGUUUACCCUGAAAUUCAUGAGAGUUGUGUAAACAAAGAUAUUGAAGAUGUUAAUCCAGAUGAAAUGAAGAUCAAGGAUACUAUAAGUCCAGUUAAAAAACACAUAUUACAUCAAGCUGAAUACAAUACCUCUUCGUUAAAUUCAACUCCAGCAGUGCAGCCCAACACCCUACCAAGCUGUCAUUUAUGUCAUGUUCCAUAUCAAGAUGUGGAUCUUCCACUUCCAGUCACCCUUAGUAGAUGCAUGUUCUGUCGACAAGACAAAGUUCCAGAUAUAUUGUUUACAACUAUAGACAUUCCUGAUGAACUUCCUGUAACCGGAUCUGGUUGCAUGGUGCAAGCUAGAGUAAUUAGAAGUAAGAAGAAAGAGAAGGAUGAGAUAAAUGCAGAAAAUGUCAGCCAGAUUCUGCCAUUUUUGGAAUUUGACUUACAUCAACAGCUCAUCAAUAAGCUAAAGAUAAAAGGAAUGAAUGCUAUAUUUGGUAUGCAAACAAUUUUGAGUAUAGGCGAUCAAGCCAUCAUAGGUGUAAUGACUGGAACUGCUGUCUACCUGACAGCGCUGCCACAACCACCCAUGCUUUUUAUAUCCGGAAGAAAGGACACUGAUAGUGGGGAACGCGACAAUCUUGCCAUCGCAGACAUUCAAAAGAAGCUUAUUGAAACAACAAAGAAGAAUCAACAAUUUUAUAACAUUAAAGAUAACUACGAUAUUCUGCUUGAUUCGCGGGUGAGAAAAUGCUCUGACGAGUGUGAAAGUGGACAUCAUGAUGUGAAGAAUGGAAAACUUGAUUUGUGCGUUGAUGGGAAAGAUACGUACAUAUUAGAAAUAGACGAUCAAAGUGAUACGAACAUCUUGCCUCUACUAUCAGAUACAAACCAUGAAGGGUUCGCAAUCUUCAACACGCAAGCCACACCUGGUUUUCCUUUGCUGAAACAAGAAUACCAGUAUUUUUCAAUUUUCAACCGAGUUCAAAUUCCAAUGCAAGGGGAAGAAAAUAUCAAGAUUAGUCAGUGGUUGUCAAAUAUAUGUGAAAACCUUGUCAUGGGUAUUCGUCUAAAGACACGAGGUAUGAUGCCAUGUUGUUUGACAAGGACAUCGUUUGAUGUUGAAAUUGAUGACGAUGAUUAUUUGCAGAUAACUAUAAACGCAUGCGCAGUAAAGACAGAGGACAGUUUUAAUAAGCCAUUACAAAAGAAAAGGAGUGUUCGAUCUUUAACUUCUUCGCAUUCUUCACAUGAUAAUUCAUUUUGCCGCAAUUCCAAUGCAACACAGAUUUCGAAAACAUCUGAUGAAGUGAACAUGUUUAUAGAAAGCCCGCAAGCGUUCGUUCAAAAGAAAGGGCGACCUGAACCGAAGCAACCGUUCCACUCAUCUGUCACUAUCUGCCCAAUGGAUUAUGUGCCCAACGCUCAAAUUGUUUCCUAUCUUGGAAAUAUUAACUUGUUUUUGAUUAGAGAAAGUAGCGCUGUCAAAGAGGAUGGAGGUUUGAAUUUGUUCAUGCAACAAUUUGUGAGUGAGGUUCAUGCUAUCAUUCGUGCUCACGUAAUUGCGUUGGGUGGAAAUGCAAUCCUGUCGUUUUACUUGAAUGAGAUCGUUUUGAAUUAUAACCCACAUAAAAACCAGGCACAAUGUUUAAUCAACGUAAGUGGCGAUACAGCAAAUGUUAAGCGGAGCACUGAUGAGAUGGAAACAAUUUUUUGUCAGGUUGAAGACGAUUCAAAUUGCAGUUCGAUUAGUUCAUCACCUGCUACACCCCAAGCACCUGAGUUAAUUGAAGAAAUUAAGUAUAAACUCGAUCGCGCGGUGUUUGGAACUAACGUUUAGAGGAAAUAAGGGUUGAAUAAAUUUGUUUUUGAGGUACAACUACUCGAAGCAACUCACAUCAUGCUGAUUAAUAAGCGCACCAUCAUUAAAUCGAUUAUUAUCAUGUGAAACCAAAUUGAACGUGUUAUUAGGCAUCCACUCUGAAAGUGAUAACAGGUCACGUGACUUAUGCUACCUUCAACAUAGAUGGUUUUAACCUACUGGAUCAUUUAUCUCACCGGAAGAUGUGGAAGUCAAAUAAAAACGGUUAAUCGUUUUGUGUGGAAAUUGUUUAAAUAAUUUUCCCAUUCCCAGCAUCGAAAAAUUCUGAAUUAAUGCUGAUAUUAGUACUGCUUUCAAAUUGUGCUGUUACAAAUCCGUAAACAUUUCCUGAUGAAAGGAAGCACAAAGAAAAACCGUUGUGUUUAAAGGAAUUAAAAAAAACUAUAAUAUAUUCAAUGUUAAAUUGCACGCUAAAAUUUUUUAUAUGUAUAUAUUUAUGUAAUUUUCUAUUUAUUAAGAAAAUAUUAUAUGAAUCCAAAA